GCAGCUGGGGCGCCGGGCAGACUUCUCCCUGAUUUCCAAGUGGCUGGAGGUCUCCUCCUCCUCGAGGGCUCAGCUUCUGGGACGGUGUGCUGCUGGGGCGCCGACCUGACCCGCAGAGCAGGAGCCGGGCUUCCGCCCACCCUUCCCUUCAUGACAGGAUUUCCCCGGCCGGACCGGGACUAGCGGGCUGUGUCUACAGGUUCUUGAUAAGAAGUACUUUCUAGACUUCAAGAUUUCAGGAGAGGUGAAAAAGUAUAUUGCAACUUUGAGUCAAGCCUGUAGACAGGUGGACUGACAGACGAUUAAACCACAGGAGGUGACCUAUUGAGAAACAAACACUGGGCAAACCUGCUGUUCUGCACCAAGGGUGGGAAAAAUGUCACAAGCUACAACCUCCUAUUCCUAUGAUGCUCCAACAGACUUCAUCAAUUUUACAUCUUUGAAUGAUGAGGAAGAUACCCAAAACAUAGAUUCCUGGUUUGAAGAGAAGGCCAAUUUGGAGAAUAAGUUUCCUGGGAAGAAUGGUACAGGAGGGCUUUUUCAGGGCAAAACUCCUCUGAGAACAGCUAAUCUUCAGCAAGAUGUCACACCUUUGAGACCAGUUGACAACACUUAUAACAAAGAGGCAGAAAAAGAAAACCUGGUGGAAGAGUCCAUUCCAACAAAUGCUUGUUCUUCUCUGAAAGUCAAAGGAACCACAUCAAGAAAUAUUCUAGCUCAGCCUCAGAGAAGAUCUCUUAGACUCUCUGCUCAGAAGAAUUUGGAACAGAAAGAAAAACAUCAUGUACAAAUGAAAGCCAAGAGAUGUGCUACUCCUGUAAUCGUCAAUGAAAUUCCACCCACCAAAAAAAUGAGAGUUUCUCACAAUAAAAAGAAGCCAGAGGAAGAGGAAGAGGGCAGUGCUCAUCAAGAUACUUCUGAAAAGAAUGAGUCUUCCCCAGAGAAAGCCAAGGGCAGACAUACUGUGCCUUGUAUCCCACCUGUAAGGCAGAAGAUUCUAAAAAGUACUGAGGAGCAAGAGUUGGAGAAGAGAAUGAAAAUGCAGCAAGAGGUGGUAGAGAUGCGGAAAAAGAAUGAAGAAUUCAAAAAAUUUGCUCUUGCAGGAGCAGGGCUCCCUGUGAAGAAAUCAGUGAGCCAGGUAACCAAAUCAGUUGACUUCCACUUCCUCACAGAUGAGCGAAUCAAACAACAUCCUAAGAACCAGGAGGAGUAUAAGGAAGUGAACUUUACAUCUGAACUGCGAAAGCAUCCUCCAUCUCCUGCCCGAGUGACUAAGGGAUGCACCAUUGUUAUGCCUUUCAACCUGUCCCAGGGAAAGAAAAGAACAUUUGGUGAGACGGCUUCUACGUAUGUGCCCCUUGCACAGCAGGUCGAAGCCUUCCAUAAACGAACCCCUAACAGAUAUCACUUGAGGAGCAAGAAGGAUGAUAUUACUCUGUUACCCUCCAAAUCUGUGGCCAAGAUAUGCAGAGACCCACAGACUCCUGUGCUGCAAACCAAACAGCGUGCAAGACCUGUGACCUACAAAAGUGCAGCAGAACAGGAGGCUGAGGAGCUCGAGAAACUGCAGCAAUACAAAUUCAAAGCACAGGAACUUGAUCACAGAAUUCUUGAAGGUGGGCCCAUCUUGCCUAAGAAACCGCCUGUGAAGCCAUCCACUCAGCCUAUUGGCUUUGAUUUGGAAAUUGAGAAGAGGAUCCAGGAGCGAGAGUCAAAGAAGAAAUUGGAGGAUGAACACUUUGAAUUUCAUUCUAGGCCCUGCCCUACUAAGAUCUUGGAAGAUGUUGUGGGUGUUCCUGAAAAGAAAGUACUUCCAAUCACUGUCCCCAAGUCACCGGCCUUUGCUCUGAAGAACAGAAUCAGAAUGCCCACCAAAGAAGAUGAGGAAGAGGAGGAGCCAGUAGUGAUAAGAGCUCAACCUGUGCCAUAUUUUGGAAUGCCUUUUAAGCCUCAAAUCCCAGUGGGGAGAACUGUGGAAAUAUGCCCUUUCUCUUUUGAUUCUCGAGACAAAGAACGUCAGUUACAGAAGGAGAAGAAAAUAAAAGAACUGCAGAAAGGGGAGGUGCCCAAAUUCAAGGCGCUUCCUUUGCCUCAUUUUGACACCAUUAACCUGCCGGAGAAGAAGGUGAAGAAUACAACCCAGGUUGAGCCUUUCUGCUUUGAGACUGACAGAAGAGGUGCUCUGAAGGCACAGACUUGGAAGCACCAGCUGGAGGAAGAACUAAAACAGCAGAAAGAAGCAGCUUGCUUCAAGGCUCGUCCAAACACCGUCAUCUCCCAGGAGCCCUUUGUUCCUAAGAGAGAGAAAAAAUCCCUUACUGUUCAAGAAACUUUUCAGCUGGCCACUGAGAAGAGAGCCAAGGAGCGGCAGGAGCUGGAGAAGAGAAUGGCUGAGGUGGAAGCCCAGAAAGCCCAGCAGUUGGAGGAGGCCAGGCAACAGGAGGAAGAGCAACAGAAGGAGGAGCUGGCCAGACUACGGAAAGAACUGGUACACAAGGCAAAUCCAGUACGCAGGUACCAGGGUGUGGAAGUCAAGUCAAGUGACCAGCCCUUGACCGUGCCUGUAUCGCCUAAGUUCUCCACUCGAUUCCACUGCUAAACUCGGCUUUGAGCUGUGGACACCAUCUGGGAACCGGAGCUACUCUUCCCAUUAAACCAGGAGCCUUCUUUGUCACAGGGGCAUGGAGAGAACCCAUUUCUCCAGGCUUUUUCCUACCCAUGCCUGACAAGUGUGGACUCCAAUUUCAUUGAGAGCUGUUUUCCUACAUUAUUGUGGCUAAUAAUGAGACUCAACUCAUGUAUGUCUCAACCAGACUCCCUGUAGUUAUUUCCUUGGAACCAUCAGUUGACCUUUAAUAUGGGUCUUAACUCUGACUAGAAUUUAAAGUCUCUGUAUCAGUACAGUGUAAUUUCUGUUGCCCUUACCCCCCGCCCCCCUUUUUUUCCUGUUUUAAUCAGAAAAUAAAGAUAGUUAAAUACUGAGAUAGGAUUUAAGUCAUGAAUUAAAAGAGGAACCAUCAGUAGUAUGUCAGAUUCUUUUCUCUUCUCUGUGCAAAAUGAAUUUAGAGUUAAGGAGCCCUUCGCUACGAGGGGGGAAGCCUCAUUAACUGCAUGACGAGGAAGAGGCUUGACUGACGGGAACCUCACAGCAGCCAUCGGCUGGCCUCGGGUAGAGCCUGCUGUUCAGGCACGUUCUUCCCUUGUCGGUGCUGAUGAUAAUAGGGGGCGCUGAGUACUACACGUUUUAAGUCCUCCAGUGACCGAGACUGGAAUAAAUACGUUUGUCUUCCCUCCCUGAUUUUGUUAUUUGAUGUUUUUAAAUCUGUCCCCCUUUGGAGGUAACAUCUUAUUGGGGAAGUGGGUACUUUGAGAGGAGGGUCUAGGAACUUUUAAAAGCAUAGGCUCUGUCCUUAAAGGAAAGAGCUUUGUGACUUUUCUGUCUUAUGUCAGAAUAUCCUUCCAUAUUUUGUUAACUCCCUCCUAGGAACCAUUCUGGAAGCCUGUUAUGCCUUCAAAACAGACUGUGCCUUCUUCUCUAAACGUGUUUUUUCUCAUCUGGUAAACUCUUCUUUAUGAGACUCAGCUCUAGUAAAAUCUUUUUCAUAAAUCUUUCGUUGACCAUUUGACCUCCUCAGGUAAGGCAAGAUUUCCUUCUUUGUGCCUCCCAAAUGUUUCUUAUGUAUAUCUCUAGUAGAACAGUUAUACCACUAAGUUACUUGUACUUGUUUACAAGCUAGUAGCGAUGAAGAUAACUAAAAUUAUGUUAGUCCUUGAAGAUAAAAAUUAUGUUAAUCAUAUCUGUAUUUCUCAUAGUUGGCACAGAAUUUGCUAGGUCCAUGUUAUCAAUAGUGUAUUUUCUUUUAGACUUGAUAUUGUUUAUGAACUCUACUCUGUACCAGUCAUCUCUUCCUGUGCCACGAGAUAUAAAAGCAUCCAUCUUCUGCCCAGGCUAGGCCUAGGCACUAUAUAUGAUAUUAGACCUAUGUUAUAUUCCUUUGUUUAUUCAUUCAGUGACCAUUAUGUACAAGCCAUUGUAGAUUAAGUGACGGGCAACAAAGCAAGAUGUGAUUUGCAGAUCCCUGGGCCUCCUGAAGGCCCACAGAGUGAUACAAAGUGCAGUUCCUUUAUUCAUUUCCUAGAGAUAUGUGAUGUACAGUUCCAUAACAACUUGUGUAGUUCAUUUAACAAAUAUUGAUUCAGUACUAACUAUAUAUACGCUGGCACUGUUCUAGUCUCUGGGCAUAUAGCAAUGAACAGAAAUAGAAGACCUUGACUUCAUGGAGGUUACCUUUUAGAAGGGGAGACAGACAAUAAACAAGUAACUGUCCUCUUCUGUCAGGUGAUAAAUGUUUCUCUGACUGACUGUGUGGAAAAUAGAGUAGGAUGGGGACUUGGGGGCAUGUAAGAUUGGAAACAAGAAAGUGAGGAGGUUCUUGAUGUUGUCCAGGUAAGAGCUGAUAGUGGCCUGGGCUAGGGUGGUAGCAGUGGAGGUGAUGAGAAAUGGUUGGAUUCUGAAUGGAUUUUGAAGCUGUAACUGACAAGACUUGCUAACAGAUUGGACGCGGGGGAGAGAGAGAGAGAGAGAGAGAGAGAGGGGGUAGAUAAGGAUGGUAUUUAGAUAUCAGCCUCAAACAGAAAUAGAGUUCUCCAUCCCUUGUGCUGUGAAAAAUCCAGUUCUACCCCAGUCCUCAUAUCUCUUGUGGAUUCUCUGGGUGGGGGUGGGACAACUUCCUUUUCUGAACACCUUUUGCUUUGGUUUUUCUCUGUUCAUCUCUUGAUCCCCUCUCUGUGUCUUUUCCUCUGUAGCUUUUCUCUCUCCCAUGUAUCAGCAGUUCUCUAAUAGUUCACUGUCAUUCAUAUAUUGCCAUCUAGUAUCAUUUUUUCAUAUAUUUUGUUCAUUUUUCGUUUUGUUUGUUUCAGGUAGAAGAAUAAAUCUGGCCCUCAAGUUGAGGGUUUUAGAAAGAGUGUUACGUAUUGAGAAUUAUGGACCUGUGGGAUCCUUCCACCCCAUUUGCUCCAUUCUGGAUUGCCCCCUCCGGACACACCCACAUCAGGGUGAUAUUGUUUGGCAGUCUGUUACGGCAACAGAGAGGGAUUAUAUUAUUUCAGAGCAAAUAGCUUUUAAAAUUAAGAUGCCCUUGCUUCCCAGAAUUCCCCAGUUUCCUGGUGGUCUCCUCAGCACAACCUGUCUAGUAUUGAGCCCUUUCUUUCCGGACCACCUCACAUGCCCUUCAUUUUCCUAGGACAGCCUCCCGUUUCCCCUGAAACUCAAGCUCUGCUUCUAUUUUACAGAGAAAUUCAGGUUCUUUAUCCCUCAGGCCUUGUCCAAGAGAGAGCUUCUCUUUCAACACUCAGAGGUCACCCUGGAAUUUUGCUAAACAAAGAACAUGUCCUCUAAUAGGAUUUACUGAAUUCUACUGAGAAAUCUGGCUGCCACAAUCUGCUUGGCAGUUUUGCAAAACUCCUAGCACAUGUGCACGUUCAGAUUGUUAGAAUUCCCACACUUGCUGGGAAGGACUGUUUUCAGUGUUGUUUUGACUUGGUCAUGAUUCCCCAUUGCUAACAGUUUGUGCUAAUUAAUACAAGAUUACCUUUCACUCUUAAUUUGGUUGAUCAUUUUGUUCUUGUGUAAUUGCUUUGUUCCCGUUUUGACUGCUGUUUUAUGCUUUAACAGUUCUUUUCCACAGAAUUUUGUCCUUGGAAAGUGGAGCUUGAGUGGUGGAGACACUGCAGUGGCAGUUGCUCCAGCAUUUAAUAGAUAAGUCUUAUACACAAACAAUUGUAACACAGGAUAAGAUGUGAUUGAGUAACAUGAGACAGACAGAAAAGAUGCUGCAGGAGGAGUUUAGAGGUUCUUGUUGGAGGUGAGAUUGCAGUUCUUAAAGAUGUUUCUUUUUUUAUGUAAAAAUUAUGAAAGUAGUAUAGUCAUCCCUCAGUAUCCACAGGGGAUUGGUUCCAGGACCCCCUG